UUAUAAAUUGUUAAACUGUUUUUGAUGUAACUUUAAUAAAAUACUAGUAAAACAAUAUUUUUAAAUAAUAAUGGAAAUAGCAUUAACUGCAAAAAGAGUACUAAUAACUGGUGCCUGUGGGGGUAUUGGAAAAGCGUUAAUCAAGAAAGUAAUUGAUUGCAAAGGUUUUGUCAUAGCUUUGGACGUGAGGUCGGAUCAGUUGAGGUUAUUGAACGAAGAGUUUGUGGGAAAUAUUGAGACGAUUUGCGUUGAUUUAAACGACUGGAAUGCUGUUAUAAAAGCCUUGAAUUGUAUCUCAAGAAUAGAUCUAUUAGUGAAUAGCGCCGGCAUUUGUUUGCUUGAAUCGGUCGGUGCGGUCACACAACAGGCAGUGGACAGACAAUUGUCACUUAAUGUCAACGCUCUCAUCAAUAUCUCUCAAACAGUGGCUCAACAGUGGAUCAAAACUAAGACAAAGGGAGUGAUUGUCAACAUAUCGAGUCAGUCAAGUAUGAGAGCUCUUAAAGAUCAUGUGGUCUACUGUGCGACCAAAGGAGCCGUCGAUCAGAUCACUAGAGUUAUGGCACUCGAGUUAGCCCAACAUCACAUCAGAGUCAAUGCAGUCAAUCCAACAGUCGUUUGGACCGAUUUGGCAAAAAUAGUUUGGGCAGAUCCCGUUGUUUCGGGAGCAAUGAAGUCUAGAAUACCAAUGGGAAGGUUUGCCGAACCCGAAGAAGUGGCCGAUGCUGUGGUCUUCCUGUUGAGUGAGAGGUCGUCUAUGAUAACUGGGGUCACACUUCCAGUUGACGGAGGAUUUCUUGCAACUUAAU